CAAGACGUUCGUCAGAAGAAGAAGACGGCGACGACGACGACGACAGGGACGGAGAAGGCACUAUGGCAAAGAUUAAGAAGAGAGGACAGUCGGGCGCGGCCAAGAACUACGUCACGCGGAGUCAAGCGCUGAAGCGGCUGCAGAUCACCCUUGCCGACUUCCGACGGUUGUGCAUCCUCAAGGGCAUCUUCCCCCGCCAGCCGCGCAACUCCAAGAAGGCCAACAAGGGCUCUUCAGCCCCCACAUCAUUCUACUACGCCAAGGACAUCGCCUACCUGGCCCAUGAGCCUGUCCUUGGAAAGCUGCGUGAGCACAAGAGCUUUGCCAAGAAGCUCAGCAGGGCUGUCGGUCGGCGCGAGUGGGCGCUGGCGCAGAACCUCAAGGAAAACGAGCCGGUAUACAGGCUGGACCACAUCAUCAAGCAGCGGUACCCCACCUUUGACGACUCGCUCAGGGACCUUGAUGACUCGUUGUCGCUCCUCACGCUCUUUGCCAAUCUACCCUCGCAAAAGUCGGUCAAGGCGGACACAGUAGAGCGCUGCUCGAGGCUCUGCGCCCAGUGGCAGCUCUACGUCAUUCGUUCUCGGUGCCUGCAGAAGGUCUUUCUCAGCAUCAAGGGUGUCUAUUUCCAGGCAGAGGUCCGCGGACAGACGAUCACUUGGCUCGUCCCAUAUCUCUUCACCCAAUACAUUCCCGCCGACGUCGACUUCCGCAUCAUGUCGACGUUCCUCGAGCUGUACCAGACGCUGCUCGGCUUCGUCCUCUACAAGCUCUACACCGAUAUGAACCUCGUCUACCCACCACACUUUGACGAGAGCCAGGACGAGCAGGCAGCAGGUUUCGGAGCAUUACGGCUGACAGAGGCUGGCAAGGCUGCGCUCGAUGGGCUCGGCGGCGAAGGGCAGGGAGGCGCAAAGGGAAGGCUUACGAACGGCGCGGCCGCGGCAGGAGCAAAGAAAGUCUCGGCAAGAGAAGUGCGCGAGCAGAUUCAGGCUAUCGCGAAGUCAGCGCCGGCACAGGAUGAUCAGGAGGUGGGGCAGGACGAGGAAGAGGAGAGGGAAGCGGCCGCACAGGUGCAAGCGCAAGGACAGGAGGAGCCAGACGAAGACUUCACCGAGCAGCCGUCUAAGAGUGUCGAUCAGGCCUCUGCUGGACCGUCGCUCACCACCCUCGCCCAGCUCGACUCAUCAUCGUCGAACAGCGUGCAAAAUACCCUCUUUGCGCCCUACUACUUUUACAUCUCGCGCGAAUGCCCCCGCGGCAUGCUCGAGUUUGUGCUCCGGUGCUUUGGCGCUUCGUCGGCCCAGAUUGGCUGGGACUCGCUCAGCGGCGGCGCUGGCUCUGCCUUUGACGAGUCUGACGAGCGCAUCACGCACCACAUCGUCGACCGGCCGCCUCAUGCCCGAUUCACGCGCGAGCACGGCGGCAAGCGGGCCUACGUGCAGCCGCAAUGGGUCGUCGACUGCGUCAAUGCAAAGAAGCUCCUGGCGACGGGGCCCUACGAGCCGGGCAAGACGCUGCCCCCGCACCUCAGUCCGUUUGUCGACAACGAGGCCGUGAAGCGGAGGGGUGGCUACGUGCCCGCCGAGGCGAGGGAGGUGCAGGAGAGCAUGCAGGAGGACGAGGAGCAGGGCGAGUCUGCAGACGAGGACGACGACGAGGAGGAGGAGGAGGAAGGAGCAGAUAGGCAAGCAGCAGACGAAGAGGAGAACCCGAUGUUGUCUGCCCUCCUGGCGGACCCGACCAAUACGGAGCUGCUUUCGGCGGCCGAGCUCGAGGCGGAGCAGGCUGGCGGCGAAGACGCCCUUGGCGCACUGCAUCGCGCGCACGAGGCCGCGUUGAAACGGGCCGGGCACGGCAAGAAGACGUCUUCUACGGCCAAGAAGGGCGCCGAGGACGCCGACGAGGAGGAAGCAAAGAAGAUGGCAAAGAUGCUCAUGAGCAACAAGCAGCGCAAGCUCUACAACAAGGUCAGCCUCGGGGCUGGCCGACGAGGCGAGGAGAGGGAGAGGCUCGAACGCAAGAAGAUGGCGUUGCAAAAGGACAAGGCCAAGGCCACCAAGAAGAAGGUCUGAGGAGUGGUGGAUUGUCACAUUAAUGUCACUACCUGUUAUAUUGAGA